AUGUUGUCCCAACCAGCAUUAGAUCAGAUUAGUUUUGUAGGAAACCAGAAGCCCGUGUCCAACCCUGGCAUUCCAACCAUAGACCUGUCAAAACCCGAGUCCAAAACUCUUCUUGUGAAAGCCUGUGAAGAGUUUGGAUUCUUCAACCAUGGCAUUCCAUUAGAGUUCAUCGAUAGGUUGGGAGCUGAGGCUGUGAAGUUCUUCUCCUUACCUCAAUCUGAGAAGGAAAAAGCUGGCCCUGCUAAUCUGUUUGGAUAUGGAAACAAUAGGAUUGGACCAAAUGGUGAUGUGGGCUGGAUUGAGUAUCUCCUCUUUCAAACCAAUGCCAAUUCCAUUUCUCAGAGAUCUUGGGCCAUUUCUAGAGAAAACCCAGAAAUAUUUUGCUCUGCUGUGAGUGAUUACAUAUCAGCUGUGAAGAAAUUAGCUUGUGGAGUUCUUGGAUCUUUAACUGAAGGGCAGAAGGCUGAACCAAGCUUAACUGGUUUUGGAGAACGCACUGACCCUCAGAUAAUAUCAGUUCUGAGAUCAAACAAUACAUCAGGCCUUCAAAUCUCUCUCAGUGAUGGGAGCUGGGUUUCAGUCCCACCUGACCACAACUCCUUUGUCAUUGUUGGUGAUUCCUUGCAGAAUGGGCUUAAUAUGGUGGACCCAAUUGAGAAUGGGAGAGCAGCAGUACUGCAAAAGUUGUGGUGAAGUACAGUUGCAUCUCUGGAAGGAGGCUAGGUUGCUUGGAGUUGUUUGAAUCAUGGGAUGAGGCAUCAACCUUCAUGUUACUAACCAUGUAAUCAUUGUUGAUGGUUUGUGGAACCCUACUUAUGAUCUUCAGGUUCAGGUUUGGAGGUAUGGGCAAACAAAGCUAGUUUAUGCAUAUCGUUUGAUGGCACAUGGAACUAUGGAAGAAAAAAUAUAUAAACGGCAGGUGACAAAAGAGGGACUUGCUGCAAAGGGUGGUUGAUAGGCAACAAAUACAUUGGACCAUUUUUAAGGAGGUCCUGCAUUUCUUGGAUUUGUAUUUUAAUUGAUGGGAC